AUGGACAGCGCAGCUGUGCGCGCGAUCUGCGACCGAGGCAUACAGCUCGCCAGCAAUGCUUCCCUUUCGCUAUGGUUCAUAUUCUUGCUAUCCACAAUUACUGGUGCCAUUCUUACCGGAUAUACUCUGCUUUUUAUCGUAGCACCAUCCCCCCGCCCUCCACUUCCCCAAGAGAAAAACUACAAAACGAUUUCUGAAGAUGGAUCAAUUACGGAACCACUAUUGCUACCUUGCUGGCAAGAUAGCCAGGGAGCCUCCCCAGCAAAUGAUGCGAAAGCCAUAGAGAAGGCGGAGUUGUUCAUGUCAGUUGUUGUCCCCGCCUACAACGAAGAAGAUCGACUGGGCGGGAUGCUUGUAGAGGCGGUGAAUUAUCUUGAGAAAACAUACGGAAUAUUGUCAGAGCAGCAGCAAAGCAAGCCACUGAGUAGAGAUGAGGAAGAAUCAGGAGAGACCCGUUUCCGUAAACUCAACGAGAAUGAAAGCAUACGUGCGGCCCCGCCAUCCAAAGGUUGGGAAAUCCUGAUCGUAUCAGACGGUUCAACCGAUUCAACCGUAGCAACCGCACUGGCUUUUGCUAGAGACCACCAACUCUCCCCGCACUCGAAGAGCCACAUCGGGCCCUGGACAACGGCGUCCAACGCAAAAGUUGUACGCAUCCCACCAGGGUCAAUUCGAGUCAUCACCCUUGCGCAGAACAGAGGCAAGGGUGGCGCUGUCACUCAUGGCAUGAGGCAUGUACGGGGCCAGUAUGUGAUCUUUGCAGAUGCAGAUGGUGCCAGUCGUUUCGAUGAUCUCGGGAAACUAGUAGCAGCCUGCCAGCGGGUUGAAGAUGCCUCUUCUCGCGGUAUUGCAGUUGGAUCUAGAGCACAUCUAGUUGGCAGUGAAGCUGUUGUCAAGCGAUCCAAACUCCGCAACUUCCUCAUGCACUCCUUUCACCUGAUCUUACGCAUCCUCACACCGCCCGCAACCGCUGCCAUUAAGGAUACUCAGUGCGGCUUCAAGCUCUUCUCGCGCGCCUCACUACCCUAUAUUAUACCCCACAUGCACUCCGAAGGCUGGAUCUUCGACGUUGAAAUGCUCAUGCUUGCUGAAUUCUCAGGGAUCCCCGUGGUCGAGGUGCCUGUGGGCUGGCGGGAGGUGAAAGGGAGCAAAUUGAAUGUUAUAUGGGAUAGUUUUGGGAUGGCGUGGGGUUUGGCUGUAUUGCGGGCAGCUUGGGGAUUUGGCGUUUAUAGAAUGAAUUGA